AUGGACAAAAGAGAUGUUGAGCUUCGAGAGCAAGAUCGAUGGUUGCCUAUAGCCAAUGUGGCAAGACUUAUGAAGAAUACACUACCGCCUACGGCCAAGGUGAGUAAAGAUGCUAAGGAAUGCAUGCAAGAGUGUGUUUCUGAAUUUAUCUCUUUUAUAACGAGUGAAGCUAGUGAUCGGUGCCUACGAGAGAAAAGAAAAACUAUUAACGGUGAGGACAUAUUGUAUUCCAUGUACGACUUGGGGUUUGAAAACUAUGCAGAGGUUUUGAAAAUCUAUUUGGCAAAGUAUAGAGAGCAACAGGUAUUGAGACAAGAGAGAGGGGAGACGAGAAUGACCAAAAAGCAGUUGAAACUUCUUGCAGCACAGCAAGCUGAGGCACAGGCAUUGAGUGGGAUGGACGAUACGAGUGAAAGCACAGAUGCGAUGGAGAAUUUUGAGAAUGGGGAAAAUAGUGAAAACGGAGUAGAAGAGUCAAAUCAACGGGAGCAAUUGGGUUCUAACCUCGAGGAAGAAGAAGAAGAAGAAGAAGAUGAAGAUGAAGAAGAACAUGUCGAGAAAGAGGGAGAUGCUCGUGGUAACGAGCACAACCAAGUUUACGAAUCAGUCGAAUCGUUGGAAGAUGUAGAUGCAGCAGUUCCCGAGAUUGAAAGUAUGAACACUAUUCCACUAGUGGAAGCACCCGUACCGAGUACGGAUACUAUGGAGAGUUGA